UUCUUUUUCUUUCUAUUCAGUAUUAAACUAUAGACUAUAGAGUACACAAUGUGCAACCUCACACGUGUAAAUGUAAACACCUAUCUUUUUUUCUGCAUUUUUUUUUCUGUAUUAUAAACUAUAGAUACCAAUUUCACAUCAGUUACAUAUCACUCUUUGCUGUUUGGUGUGACAUCUUAAGUUAACUUUGUCCAUUGAAAAAAAUACUUUUUUUCCUUAUUCUACAAGAAUUUUCUUCCACUGCAAUUUCCAUUUUUGUCCUUGGUUGUUAAUUGCACAGGUAGAAUAUAUGUUAGUUAGCUUCUUGAACAAUGCUUUUAGUCACAAACAUAAAGCACCCAUCAAUUUUAUGUUUCUCAAUUAUGCAUUUUUGUUCCAAAUUAUUGAUGAAUCAUUUGAGAUCUAAUGACCCUUUUGUCUUCUGAAUCAUAGAGAGGCAAGGAAAAUUAAAUCUCAUGGUAAUGGGUGAGAAGGAACUUUAUGUUUUGGAUAGUAUAAUUGGGUGUGGUAAGAGUGAUGUUGAUGGCAUGUAUCCUAUGUAUUUUGGUGUUUCUUGUGCAUUUUUUGCUCUUCAAGCUUUUAGAAAAUCACAUGUUGAAGUUGAGAAAAAUUUGACUGAAAUUGUUGAAACUAUGCUUCAAGGAAGUGCACAGCUUUUGGGGUUGAUUGUGUGGAAAGUUCAGAAGGAAGUGUUAGAUGAGGGAGAGUGCCAAAGGCUGAAAAGUGCUAAGAUAGAAAUUGAGAAUCUGAAAAAGAUAAGACAUGAAGAUGCAAAAGCAAAUGAGAAAGUGGUGGGGAUUUUUGCUACACAAGAACAAAGUUGGUUUAGUGAAAGAAGGAAACUUCGACAGCAAAUCGGUGCUCUGCUGAAUGAGCUAAGAGUGUUUGAGAAAAAAAAGGAUUCGGCUAUCGAUGAAUUGAAUCAGAAAUUGAAGGAAAUGGAGGAUAUGGUGGAGUCAAAGGAUAAGAAGAUUGAAGAGGAAGAGAAGAAGAGAAAGGAGCUAGAACAAAAAGUGGAAAAAGCUGAAAGGGAUGCUGAAGAAUUGAGAGAAUCUACGAGGCGUGAAGCUCAAGAACAUUCAUCUGAUCUCAGGAAACAUAAAACUGCUUUCAUUGAGCUUGUUUCAAACCAAAGACACCUCGAGGCUGAACUUGGUCGUGCUGUUAAGCAUUUGGAAGCUACAAAACAAGAGCUUAUUUCUGUCAUGGAGAAUAAAGAGGAGUCUGAUUCGAUGGUCCAGAAAUUAACUUUGGAGAUUGGAAAAUUUCACAAGGAUUUGGAACAAAAAGAUAAGAUUUUGUCAGCAAUGCUGAGGAAAUCUAAACUAGAUACUGCAGAAAAGCAAAUGCUGUUGAAAGAGGUUAAGUUAUCAAAGACUAGGAGGAAGCAAGCUGAGCAAGAAACAGAAAAGUGGAGGGUAGUUUCAGAAGUAAAACAUGACAGACAUUCCCUUAAAAACAUGUUACUGAACUUUAGUUCUAGGAUGGAUGUUUUCCCUAGUUCUAGAGGUUUGCAGCAGCAUAAUUCUUCAACAGGUUCUUCACAUAUUUCAGAUGAACAAGAACAAUUUUCACCCAUUUCUGAUCACUACUUGCCACAAAGAAAUGAAGAUUCAUCCAUUCCUACUAAUGCUAAGCGUUUGGAAGAUUGGAUGAGGGCUGAGACAGAAAGAUAUGCAACCCUAAUUGAGCAGAGGCAUCACAUAGAGCUAGAUGCUUUUGCAGAUCAAAUGAGGAUAAAAGAUGAGAAGUUAGAAGCAUUUAGGUGGCAGUUGUUGAGAACAGAAUUAGAAACAAAGCAACUUCAGUCACACUUGGAAGGAUUGGGGAAAGACGUGACACAGCUGAGACAUGACAAGAUGAAAUUGGAGAGCUUAUUGUUGGAAAGGGAGGAUGAACUAACUUCCUUGAAAGACCAAUUUGCAUCAAAAUUGAGACCUUUAAACACCUUUAGAAACAACUCGAAUUUGUCUCCACAAUCUUCAGAACUAACUCAAGAUCCUGUCUGGUCUAGAGUCAAGAUUGUGAAGCGAAAACCAGGUGAAAAACAACUAGAAAUGAUGGAAACUUUGAUUGAGGAAGUUUGUGAAAAGGAGGUGCAGCAGCCAUUGAACCAUGAUCAGUUUGACAAUGCUAAUUCAAAAGUUCAAUCUCCAGAAAAUAAGAUUGAAGAAGAAAAGCAUGUUUGUAAGGAGGAUAAUCCUACUCCUGUGCAGUAUCGAAGUCCAAAUCACAUAGAAACUGAUGCUUCUGAAAAGAUAGGAUCUACUAGCAAGCCCUUUAAUGAUGCAAAACAAUUCCAAUGGAAGAUGGAUCUUCAUGCUCUUGGAGUAUCUUACAAGAUCAAGAGGCUUAAGCAACAACUAAUUCUUGUUGAAAGGUUGACAGGAAUGCAAAACAAUGAUGAACAUGUAGAAAUUAGUGAGGAUAUGAAGGCUUACAUGUCCUUGACUACUAUGCUGAAUAAACAAAUUGGAAGAUAUCAAUCCCUCCAAGAGAAGACCGACGAUCUUUGCAAACGGAUGCAAGAGAAUGUCCUCUACGCAACUCGCGGAGAAAUGAAUAACGCAAGAGCAAAGGAGAAAACAUCAACACUAGAGCAUUUUUUGGAGGAGACAUUUCAAUUACAAAGAUACAUUGUUGCAACAGGACAAAAAUUGUUUGAAAUUCAAUCCAAGAUUGUUUCUGGAUUUGUUGGAGUGGCAGAAGAGAUGGAAAAAAGGGCAGGCAUUGACAUGAAGAGAUUUUCUGACAGUAUAAGAAAUCUAUUCCAUGAAGUUCAAAGAGGUUUAGAAGUUCGAACAGCUAGAAUUAUAGGUGACCUUGAGGGAACAUUGGCUCGUGAAGGAAUGAUAUGUUUGAGAAGAUAGCAAUAAUGGAACUUAGAAAGGGAUCACAUUAAAUGCUCUUUCUUCAAGUAUUUAUUUGUCUAUACUCUAUAGUCUAUAUAUAUAUAGUAUACUUGUCAAUGCAAUUAAUAACAUCAAUUUGUAUAUGGAAGUUACACAUGAAAAACAAAACUUAAUACUGUUGAAUAAGACUUGUUAUGUAUACAAAGUCAACAAUGUUAGAAAGUAGUUUGAUUGGUUCUUUGGUUGCCAUGUUAUCCAAGACACUUUGGAGAAGUGGUCCAUGUUUGGAUCCUUAUUGCUUUUAAAAGAUAUAUUAUGUUUUUUAACAAGUAAUAACAACACAUAUUUUGUUCAAUCUUCAA